CGUAAUUCUCUCUCAAGAGUGUACAAUGAUUGUGUAUUUGCCGUAAAAACAAAAAUAAAUGAAGAUAAUCCAAGUGCAAUUUCACUAACUAUGGAUGCAUGGACUGACAAUUAUCGUCAUAUUCCAUUUAUGACUUUUACUUUACAUUGGAUAUCACCUACAGAAACAAAGUUGAGAUCAUGUACGUUACAAACGAACUUUUUCCCACAUCCUCACACAGCAGAUAAUAUUGUUGAAGAAUUAAAGAAAGUGCUAACAGAAUUUAAUUUAAACAGUAAGAUUAUAACUCUCAUAACUGAUGGAGGAUCGAAUAUGAUUAAAGCUGCAAGAGAUAUGAAAGUUAGUAGAGUACCUUGUGUUGCACACGGACUCCACAAUUUAGUGAUGGUAGAUACUCUUAUAUCUAAAUAGAGAAUAAACUACCACAAAUUAAUAGUUUUUUAACUAAAGCUAGAACUAUUAUAAAAAUUCUUGCUUUUAAAACUCAAGAUAUUGACGAAAUAAAAAAAAUUACACAACAAGAAGGAAUUAAUAACAUACUUGAUAACAUUGAAAAUCUGGAAGAAAUUUUGGAAGCUGAUGCAAGAUUUGAUUCCAUACUUUCUACUAACGAUCAUACGUAUGCGCAGACUUUUCCUUCACUUGUGACAUCUUCAGGAUUACAUAAAGAUGUAUCCACUAGAUGGAAUAGUACAUUAGAGAUGCUGGCAAGUUUACUUAAAAAUAAAGAGAUAGUGAUACGCUGCUUGGAAAUGAAUAAACGUUAUGAUGCAAUUCCUACAGACGAUGAAUGGAGGAAUAUCGAGGAUAUAGCAAACUGUUUGAUAAGUAUCAAAACAGCAACAGAAAUUCUUUCUGGAGUACAAUAUCCAACAGUCAACCUUGCACUUUUAUUUAGGGCAGAAAUUGAGAGCAGCAUGUGUAUAAAUGAAAAUGAUUCAUUUAUAAUAAUAGAAUUUAAGGAAACUAUUUUACGGAAUUUAGCAAAGCGAUUUCCAAUUCAUGAAACUCAUGUUUGCGGAGCACUUUUGGAUCCAACCCUUCAAAAUAUUAAAGGUGUUGCGGAAUAUCUUGCAGAUAAGCAACAAUCUCCUGAAGAAUUCUUAAUGUAUAUGAUCCACAAAAUGAUUCCUUUCAAUAUUAGAAAUAAUGAGCAGGUAUCUAAAGAAGCAGAUACUCAUUUUAAUAAUAAAUCAUGUUCGCUUCCCGGAAUUAAAAAAUUACGAUUGGAAUUAGCUGCAAAACACAAAUAUUUCCUGCUGAAGAUCCCAUUCUUAUUGAAAUUAAGAAAUAUUUAUACAUAUCAGAAUCCAUCGAGGAUCCUCUACAAUGGUGGAAUAAAAUGA